UUUAUUGUAUUCAGUUCUAAAAUAGUAUUAAACGUAUAACUUAAGUAAAAAACGAUAAGUGUUCAAAACAAGAAAAUGUAUUAAAAACACAAAUAUUAAAUUUUUUUUAAAAAUAUUUUUAUUAUCAAUGUCAACUUCAUCUAACCAAGAAGUAGUACACGAAGGGUGGCUCACAAAGUCACCACCUUCGAAAAGAAUUUGGCGUGCUCGAUGGCGGAGACGAUGGUUUGCUCUUCGACAAUCUGGCGAAUUACCUGGACAGUAUGUUUUAGAGUAUUAUACAGAUAGAAAUUGUAGAAAAUUAAAAGGACGAAUUGAUUUGGAUCAAUGUGAACAGGUGGAUUCUGGAUUAACUUAUGAACAACGAAAAUUAAAGUAUCAAUUUAUGUUUGAUAUUAAAACACCAUCACGUAUUUAUUAUUUAGCAGCUGAAACUGAACAAGAUAUGAACAGUUGGGUGGAAUGUAUUUGUCAAGUUUGUUCAUUGAAAGUUUAUAACAACGAUUACCCACAGCAAUUACCAACAAAUUUACUUCCAGAAGUUGAGGCAAUCGAAAUAACAGAAGAAUCAAAUAAUGCAUAUGAAAGUUUUAGCGGACCAUAUAUUCCAAUAUCGCAAUGUAUAACCGGAAAACCCCUGACGUCACCGACUGGUGCACAAACCUUACCCAGAUAUAAUAAUUCAAAUAAUGAAGAUAAUUUCGGUCAAACAUCAACAAUGCCAUUUACACCGGUUAAACAAAAUGUAAGGAAAAAUUCCCAUACUGGAAGUUGUAAUGCAUCAUUAGAUUGUAAAUUUUACGAUUCACCACGUAAACAUGGUAUGUUAAAUGAAUCACAAUCGUUGGAUUAUACAAAUGUGAAUAUACCGAGUGAUUCAAGUCCAACAUUACAAAGUCCAACGGAUUCUGAAAGUGUGUUUACCGAUGAAGAAUGGUUGCAUUCAAUGCCAAAAUUACCAUUAAAACCACGUCAAUCUAGACCAUCGGAUGCUUCAUCGAUUGAAUUCGAUUCAAAUAUAUUAUCAGCUGCACAAAAAUUUACUAAAAUUAAUUUAGCUGAAACGAAAUCUGUUCCACCACGACCACCUAAACCUUUACAUUUACUUGGAAAUGGACCAUCACAUAACUAUUUAAAUUUAGAAAAUUCAAAUUCGAAACCCAGUAUUGCUGAACGGCGUGCAAUUAAAAAUCAAGAAAAGCAAUUAGCGAAAGAAGAUUCAGAUGCAAGUGGUGUAGAAGCUGCUGCUGUUAGUCCGAAUGCUGUCGUUAGUCCGAAUGAUAUGAAUUUGGUAAUUGCUGAUGAUAUGUACGAUUUUCCACGAACACAUCAUACAUCAGAAUUAGAUAACAACAACAAAGAAAACCAGAAUCAACGGCCUCAGAAGCAUUGUUACAAUAAUGCUGCACCGGUUGUUGUACCAACAAGUGGUGGCAGCGAUACACAUGUUUUCCGUUACGACAUAUCACCAUCGGCAGUAUCAUCAACUGAUACUACAGCUGGUGGACCUGAAUCUCAAAUAUUUCAGUAUGAUUUCAAUACCGGUGAUGAAGCAACUGAUGAACCAGCCUCACCAUGUUCACAAAGUUCAUGUUCCACGACAGCAAUGUAUUCAAAUGUUCCAUCACCGUUGCUUGCACCAAAUCAGAAUGCAGUUACGCCACCUGCUGUAAAUCGUGGUUUAAAACCACGUGGAUUAUCAAAUUCAACAUCAAUUCAUUCGUUAAAUGAUACAGCACCAAGUGUUAAUCGAAAAUUGAAGCCUGUUUUACCUGUUAGAAAUGCACAAUCGUCAUUAGAUAAUCAUUCUCAAGAUGGGGGCGAAUAUGGAAAUAUACGUAGAAUUGAGAUGCGUAAUACGAAUUCUCGAACAAGUAAUUGCCAUAAUGAAUUUGAAAAUAUUUCGGUAUCACAAUCGAAUGCAGCAGAUUCAUUAACAAAUUUUGAUAUAUUACAGUAUUUGGAUUUAGAUUUAGAUGUAGAUACACGAAGUUGUAGUUUAAAUAGCUUACAACAGCAACCACCACGAUCAAAUAACAAUAGUAAGAAAACUGUAUAUAAAACAGUUGAUUUUGUUAAAACAGAAGCAUUCAAUCGAACAAAAAAAACAUUGGAAGCUGAACGUAAACAACAUCCAAGUGAUCUUUAAACUUUAAAAAACAAACACAAGUGCAUUUAUUAAAACAUUCAAUCAAUAUUAUAUAUUAUUAUUAAUUAUAAUAUAGUCAG